AAAAAGCAGCAGCAGAGAACUGUCCUGUGCAGCUGCACAUUUAUAAAUAUUCGCCUCCUCUUCGUGUAUUCACGAAAUAAAGAAAAAUGACUGACGCUGGUUGUUGGGAGCCGGAUCACAUCCAGUCGGACUUAUUGAUGCCUCUAGACAAGACCUUUGGAAGAGAAGAGGAUUCCUCCAACACGUUCUUAAUCAAGACUGGUUGUGGAAAUCACGUCCCUUGGUCUGUCUGUGUGAACCUGAAGCCCACUGUCAUGGAUGUUAAGCAAAUGCUGAAGGUUAAAGAUGAAGACACAGAAGACCAAAAACCUAAUGCAGACCUGCAUGACCCAAAACCCCAACACAUAAAGGAGGAAGACGAGGAGGUCUGCAUCAGCCUGAGGGGAGAGCUGUUCAAAGUGAAAGAGGAGAUAGAAAGUGCCAUAAAGAGUGAGGAUGAUGAACAGUCCCCUCUGCUCUCACAGCUUUACCAAGAGCAAAUUAUAGACAGAGAACCUCCAGAAGUAAAGAAUGAAGGAGAAUCCAUCAAGGUAGAAGAUUUUGAAGGUGGUUCCAGGUCCUUCAAACAUGAAGACACUGUGAAGGAUGAAGAGGAUGGCAAUGAUUUAAAGUAUCCCGACCCUGAGAUAAAACACUUGUCAGACUCUGCCCCCCCUGCAAUCACAGUCCAUGUCCUUAGUUUUCAGUACAGAGCUCCUGAGUCAAAUGGAGACAUUGGUAGCAAACUCGAUGCAGAAGUAGGUUUUGCAGAGAACAAAAAUGGCUCACGAAGGAAGGCCCAGAAAGGACGGAAGGUGAACUGUGAAGUCUGUGGCAAAACAUUUUUUGAAAAACGGAAUUUAACCACUCACAUGAGAAUCCACACAGGAGAGAAACCUUUCUGUUGUAAAGUAUGUGGACAUAGAUCGUGUCAAAAAUCAAGUUUAAACAGACAUAUGAUAAUCCAUACGGGACAGAAGCCUUUCUGUUGUGACCUCUGUGGACAUAGAUUUACCCUCAAGUCGAGCUUAAACAGACACAUGGGAAUCCACAUGGGACAGAAGCCUUUUUCUUGUGAUCUCUGUGGACACAAAUGUAGCCAAAAAGUAAAUUUAAACUCACACAUGAGAAUCCACACAGGACAGAAACCUUUCUGCUGUGAUCUCUGUGGACAUACAUUUAGGCGCAAGUCACAUUUAAACGCACACAUGAAAAUCCACAGUAGACAAAAAAUAACUCCUUUAUGAUGACUCACACUGCAACGCCUCAUGUUGUCAUUUAAGGCAACAGUCUUCACUUUUAAUCUCAAGAUGUUUAAUAUCAUUUACAGAUUUGCUGAGAAACAUUCAGCAAGGCACGUUUUUUUCUAUCAUAUUAAAUGUAAUAUCCAGACUGAGCUGUAGCAAAGGUGUGUUCUUAGCUCAUGUGUUUCUCCACGGUACAAAAGGCAAAAUGUUUGUGUGAUACACAAGAUGUCAACAUUGAGUUAAAGGGAACCUACUGUAUCUUCAGAAUCUACUUUUUCAUGUACAUUGAGUGUCUAGGACUGCAAAAAGUUUUAAUUGAUUCUUUCCUGUGCUGCUUAGAUAUCUUUAAAUUAUUUUUGGAUCAUAUUUUUCAGUCUGUUAACUUUUUUUUUUUAUUCCUUAUGUCUUCUUCCAUAUUUUUUGCAUUGUUUUUGUAGUGCAAGUUCUGCUGUGUUGAAACUGCAAGUAGAGAAGUCAAAAUGUUUGGUUCUAGCUUGUAUGAACUCAAAAAAUGUCUGGUGGGUUAAUACACGCUCCCCAGCAUCAGACAUGAAAUGCAUCAUUCACAUUUAAAAAGACCGUAGACCAACGAGUCGCUCUGAAACGCGUCUCAGAACUGUGGAGGAAGAACGAUGAGGAGUUCUUCUUCAUCAUUCUGUGAAGUAUUCAUGCUGUCACAUUCUUUAUUUUUGAGGGGGCGGUGUUGGUAUUAUUAUCCAUUUAUUGUUAUCGAAGUGAACUGCUCAAUGAUGAUUUUAACGAGAUGUUUUAGCCUUGAAGGAGUUUGAAAUUCUGUUAAUGGUUUGGAAAUAAUUCUUUAUGUUUGAACUUUGCUUUUCUUUGUGUGUUGAGAGACCCAUUUUGUCUUUGUUUUUUUUAAUCAAAUCCAUGAACGAACAGAAAAAUUUCUUAAAUCUGUUAAAGAAUGUAAAUUUUUUGUCUCUAUUUGAUUAGAUAACUGGAAAUGUUGGAAUCCUUAUCCUGUGCCUUUUAAAAGGGAGCUGCUUUAAUCCUCUGUCAUGUUUGUAUGGUGAUUGGUGUAGGUUGGCAUUAUAAUAAAAACUAAAAGUGUUAGAAUUGGCUCCCUUCAUUUGCUCUUUCACAAAUUGAGCAGAUUAAUUAUAAAUAUUAAAAUACCCUGGGUCGUCCAACACGGGACAUUUUAAAUUCAUGCUCAGAAAAAAAGAAGAAUUGAAUUUGGAUGGAUAAUUUAAAAGGAAAGAUUUUCAAAUGAAUAGCCUAGAAAUCAGCCAAACAACACCAAUAUCAGUG